GUUAUGUCAGGAUCCGUAGACACUUUUAAACGGAGGCUAGAUCAACAUUGGAGCGCGCACCUCAAUAACGCCGGACUACAACUACCUUGAUAGCCAGCGUGGACAAUUUAGUGUUAUGACGAUGCUACUACCAAUAGUCAAGUAACGUAUUUUUAUGUAAUUUAUUAAUCGUGAGCAACGUCGCACCGCUGCUCGCAUUUACCAUGAUGCCCGCAGACCAAAAAAAUUUUUACUCCUUUUCCUGUAUCUUAGGUGUGUUUCAACUGUCUGCUGUAUUUAAUCAACAAACCGAGUUCAUAUGCCUUUAAGUGCGUUAACGCAUGAAAUUCGGUGUUCAUCUGUACAGUUUUUGUUAUUCCCCUUGUAUUUCCUUCAUGUUACUUCUUUUCCAUUUUCUCCAUAUACUUCCUCUGCAUGUAACCAAAAGGGAUUUCAAAGGUACACACUUACUUUCCAUGAAAUACACUGAUACUGAUACAUACUGCAUCUGAAUCGCAGGAGAGCAGGGCUGACAUCUCUCCGGAACUUCAAACUACCCCGACUUCAUCCUUACUGGUCUCCACGGUCUCUUACUCCGUGAUAAUGCCUUGGUGGUUACCUUGACACCCGGAGUCUGAGGGCUUCAAUCCCAUCCUGGCAACUGCCAUGCCGACCUUUGACUUGCCUUUUAUCUGAACUAAUAACAUGAUUGCUCCUGACAGCUUGCCUUAAACUCCUAGUUGUCCACCUAACCGCAAUUCACUACUACGCUGGGAAAUUGUAUGUCGUCCAAAAAGGAGCCUGGACGAUCGAGGCGUGCGGGUCGCAUUAAGUUCUCAUGUGGCACCUGCCAGACUGAGGCUCAUGCAACGUUAAUUGCUGUUCCCCGUCUGAGAUUCAGUCAGUCAGCCCUUUCUAGCUGCCAUCACCCUCUGGACUGGGCUUAUUUUGAGUAGUCAUGUUCGAUCAGAAUUGCCUAAUCGUUAGAAAUCCUCUCAGGGCUGCUAGUUGUCCUCAGCGUUCAUGCUGAACGAUCUAUCAUAAACCGUCAUUUGUUCUCUAAGUCAGAUAAAUGAGUCGCGAAACUGUGGCGGGUGAUGUAAGAGACAUUAAAGGAAUCACUUUUGUCCCGGCUUCUAGCCGGGAGUGUAUGGGAUCUUAACCUGGGCCAGCCUUCAUGCUCCCUCUCUCUCGCUCGCUCGCUCGUUCCCCACUUCCUAAAAUAAGGCUGCGCGCAUUGUUUUUCCCUUGCGACGACCCCAUCUGGUCACACCUAUCUGUGUUCUGUGGUGCUCUCCACUCGAAAUCCGAGCACCCCCUGACGAGGCCCUCUGCCGUUGCAAGAUCACGCCAAAUUCCUGGUCCAACCGCAUUGGCAUUUACAAACCUUUACUGUCGGCCUUCAAGCAGCUGAAUGAUCGGUUAGGCAGUAACACUGUUGCGACCAAGAUAAUGUGCAUGUCCUGGCCAUCAGAAUUUCCGAGCCCAGUCCUGUUUAGGAGAAGAGGGACCUAAGAUGAAAACUCCUAAGUGAAAACUCCUUGAGAUCGAAAAAUACCCCAUCUUCAUUUAAAGUUUUUUUUGGGAAAUACGUAAUUUGCAAAAAUGUGCACGAGAAAAAACAUUUUCCGUGCUCUCUUUAAGAUACGCUUUACUUUGCAAGUAUCGAAAAUCGGUCGAAGAAGGCAUGCUAUUUAAGUAGUCACCUAGGCGAGUGUGACUUCACAGGCAGCGGGAAAGGGCAAGCAUUCGGCAGCCGACAUCCAGGCCUGACUGAAAUAUCUUGGGAUUAUGCUGCGUUAUAAUGGAGGUUACAACCCCACCCAAAUAAUCCUUUCUAACCUGCUUCAUGUUUUAUGAGGUGUGUCACCUGCUGCAGUUCCUAUCUGUGUUUCGCGCAGGUGUGCACAUUUGACCGACGUAGACCUGCACGUAUGCACGACAUGCAAAGUGAUCGACCGUCCUGCUAAGUCGGAUUUUUCCUCGUAGAAUCUGUCGUCAUGGGUCUCCUCCUUCUUCUGCCUUUGUGAAAUGCCUUUUGCGGUUUCACCCCGCAGUCAAUUGCCCUAUUUGUCUUCUUGCAGCCCUGGUUCGCUCCAGCCUUCUGUGCCAACAACAGUUUGUCGCCUCGCAUGGUUUCCAGAUCCUCUUUGAAGUCCUCGAUCGUGUCACCGCCUCGGCGGCCUUGAUGCAGGAACACACACGCUUCCUCAACAAGGCCAACUUCUUCCUCUCCUGCAUGUGUCAAGAGUUGACGGACGAACAGUUGCGUAAGUGA